AUGCUGGCACUCUUGGUCGCUGCUGGUGGACGGGUUUAAGACUGACUUUCUGAUGCAUGUCUUUUCUCUUAGACGUGGCAAGCUGCAGAGGGAGUCAGACUUCAUGGCCAGCGUAGACAGCAGCUGGAUCUCCUGGGGCGUGGGAGUCUUCAUUCUGAAGCCCCUGAAGUGGACUCUCUCCAGUGUGCUGGGUGACAGUAAAAUACCUGAGGAAGAGGAAGUUCUGAUUUAUGUGGAGCUGCUUCAGGAGAAAGCAGAGGAAGUUUAUCGGCUGUAUCAGAACUCUGCGCUUUCUUCUCACCCUGUUGUUGCCCUCUCAGAGCUGCGUUCCCUCUGUGCCAGUAUUUGUCCAGAUGAGAGGACGUUCUACUUGUUGCUGCUCCAGCUGCAAAAGGAAAAAAGGGUCACGAUCCUGGAACAGAAUGGAGAGAAGAUAGUGAAGUUUGCUCGAGGUCUCCACGCCAAAGUCUCCCCAAUGAAUGACGUGGACAUUGGGGUGUAUCAGUUGAUGCAAAGCGAACAGCUGCUGUCACAGAAGGUGGAGUCCCUUUCCCAGGAAGCAGAGAAAUGUAAAGAGGAUGCCCGGAGUGCUUGUAGAGCUGGGAAGAAGCAAUUGGCGCUGAGAUGUUUGAAGUCCAAACGAAGGACAGAAAGGCGCAUUGAAGAGCUCCAUUCUAAGCUGGAUGCAGUGCAGGGGAUCUUGGAUCGUAUAUACGCCUCUCAGACUGACCAGAUGGUAUUUAAUGCAUAUCAGGCUGGUAUGGGAGCUCUGAAACUGUCUAUGAAGGAUGUUACUGUGGAGAAAGCGGAGAACCUCGUGGAUCAGAUACAAGAGCUUUGUGAUACUCAAGAUGAAGUAGCCCAGACUCUGGCUGGAGUGGGGAUCAAUGGUCUAGAGAUGGACACUGAGGAACUUGAGAAGGAGCUGGACAGUCUCCUCCAGGACUCGACUAAGGAGCCUGUAGAUCUGCCUCCUGCUCCCCAGAAGGCGCUGAAUCCAGCCAUUUCUGAUGCUGAGCUUGAAGCUGAAUUGGAAAAGCUCUCUGUUUCUGAUGGAGAUUUGGCACAAAAGACUCCCUCUGCUUCCUCUGAACCCAAAACAGCUCUGGGACUGAAUCUCUAAAGACCCAACAGAAUCCUGUUGCUGCAGUUUGAGAAGUUGUCUUAAGGUUCCUUAACUAAUGACUGGAACUUCUGAGGAGAGGGGUAACGCUCCCCUGUUCUUCAUGGAUAUCACUUUGCUCAGCAACAGGAUCUCCUGCCGUGACAAUCCACUCUGGAACUGGCCCCAGCUGGUGUUUGUCAUCUCUGUGCCAACAUCUGCACUGGUCUUAAUUUGACUUGUUAUCCCAAGUCACUCCGUGACAUCCAGUCUUCCCUUCUGGGAAUGCAGUUCACUAUUCUGCCCAGUGAAGAUAAACUCUUCUAUGUCCAUAACAGUGCUCAUUUUCUUUUUUUU